CAUCAUUCAAUCCUUAGUACGUUUUCGGAGACAUGUUUACAGUUCAGCCAUAUUUGGAUGAUUUUGUUAUGCAGGAUUAGAGGAAAUCUAGUAGCAAAAAACGUAGUAGCGGAUACCGUUUUCGCGACAGUGAAGAACACGUUUGAGGCAGCGUUCAGAUCGUAUGCUGUGCGAUUAAAUCGCUUAAAAUCCAUUAAAUACUCAAAACCAGAGGAGAAACGAGUGUACUACUAAAGGUCGUACAUUUACAACUGAGGCUACAUUCCAGUCAUCCUUUGAGGGACCAAACAAACAGGAGAAAAUCAAGUGUAACAACAGAAACACAUUUACCAUGUUUGCUAUAGUAAAAACUGAGUGUGUUGAAGAGGAGAUUGACUACACGAGUGACCCAGAACCAUCCAGAAUCAAAGAUGAAGAUACUGAAGACACUGACGAAGACACAGACUCGACAGACAUAAAAGAAGAAAGCGAAGAACAAGAAGAGGCGGAGGAGAAAGAUCCACAUCAGAAACCUUUCACACCCGAAGAAAUGGCUCCAGAGCGAUCUAAAAACACCAAAGCCAAAGGCUCCUUCAUGUGCCCUCAAUGCGGAAAGAGCUUCACUCGCCGAGACAGCCUGAAGGAGCAUUCACGCAUUCACACCGGUGAGAAACCGUACACGUGCCAUUACUGCGGAAAGUGUUUCACGCGCAACGAAAGCCUGAAGCAUCACAUACGAAUUCACACCGGAGAGAAACCAUUUGAAUGUCAACAAUGCGGGAAGAGUUUCACCUUUAAAAAGAGCCUGAAGGUUCACGAAAGAAUCCACUCGAGAGAGAAACUCUUCAUCUGCACUCAGUGCGGAAAGGGUUUAACCUGUAAAAAGGGUCUGGAGGACCACCUAAGAGCGCACACUGGAGUAAAGCCCUUCAAAUGCCUUCACUGCGGGAAGAUGUUUAAAUGGGCUCACAGUCUUACCUAUCACCUGCACACGCAUUCAGGAGACAAGCCUUUUAAAUGCGUCCACUGCGGCGAAGGGUAUAUAUCUCCGUCCAUUCUGAGGAACCACAUGAAGGUUCACACUGAUGAGAAACCGUAUGCGUGCACUAUUUGCGGAAAGAAGUUUUUGUGGCUGGGCAAUUUCAAGGAUCACCAGAAAAGACAUACCGGCGAGCGAGAUCAGCAGUGUGCAGAGUGCGGCAAGGGUUUUACCACAUCCAAACGCCUGAAGGAGCACCAGAAGAUUCACAGUGGGGAAAAACCCUACAAGUGUUCGCAGUGUGACAAGUGCUUCACCCAGUCCGGGUCGUUGAAAUGCCAUCUGCGGGUUCACACUGGGGAAAGGCCGUUUAAAUGCCCGUCGUGUGGGAGGAACUUCUCGCAGCUGACCAAUCUGAUCACUCACGUUAAAAAAUACUGCAAGAAAGCGUCAAAGUGAAAUGGGAAUUGGAUAAGAGUUGAUUAUGGUCAUGAUUCAAUAGCUGGGUUUCCAUACUAAAGUGAAACCAUGCUUAUCAAUCACCCCCCUUUGGCUUAUUCCCUGCUUUAUAAGGGGUCGCCACAGUGGAAUGAACCACCAGUUAUUCCGUUAUCUGUUUUUUUUUUCCCAGCUGCAACCCAAACCCAAAAGUACAUCUCUCUCAUUCACACACUGCAUCCAAUUUAGAAAUCGUCACAUUAAAUUGGAAAUCUGAUGGGUGUUAACUAAGUGGUUGAUUCAAUAGUCAGGUUUCCAUACUAACAUCAAUCAAUGCUUAAUAAUCAUAUAAGGGGUUGUCACUGUGGAAUGAACCACCACUUAUUCUGGCAUGUGUUUUAUUUUUUUGCAGCGGAUGUUCUCCAGCCGCAAUAUGGCACCCUCAUUGCAACCCUCAGUGCUGGAAAACACCCACAUGCUCUCUCAUUUACGUACUACAUCCAAUUUAGAAAGCGUAGAAGGGAAUUGGAAAUUGGAUGGGAGUUGAUUUUGUCGAUGGUUCAAUAUCUGGGUUUCCAUACUAACGUGAAUCAAUGCUUAUCAAUCGUCCACCAUCGGCUCAUUCCCUGCUUUAUCAGGGGUUGCCACAGUGGAAUGAACCGCCAAUUAUUCCAGCAUGUGUUUUUUCACAGCGGUUGCUUUUACAGCUGCAACAUGGCACUAAGAAAACAACCCUCCGUGCUGGGAAACACCCAUACACACUCUCAUUUACAUACUACAUCCAAUUUAGAAAGCGUCGCAGUGAAAUGGGAAUUGGAUGGGAGUUGAUUUUGUCGAUGGUUCAAUAUCUGGGUUUCCAUACUAACAUGAAUCAAUGCUUAUUUAUCACCCCGCUUUGGCUCAUUCCCUGCUUUAUCAGGGCUCGCCACAGUGGAAUGAACCACCAAUUAUUCCAGCAUGUGUUUUUUCACAGCGGUUGCUUUUACAGUCGCAACAUGGCACUAAGAAAACAACCCUCAGCGCUGGGAAACACCCAUACACACUCUCAUUUACAUACUACAUCCAAUUUAGAAAUAGUCGCAGUGAAAUGGAAAUUGGAUAGGUGUUAAUUAAGUGAAUAUUUCAAUAUCUGGGUUUCCAUACUAACAUGAAUCAAUGCUUAUUAAUCGUCCACCUUCGGCUCAUUCCCUGCUUUAUCAGGGGUCGCCACAGUGGAAUGAACCGCCAAUUAUUCCGGCAUGUGUUUUUCCACAGCCGUUGCUUUUACAGCCGCAACAUUGCACUAGGAAAACAACCCUCAGUGCUGGGAAACACCCAUACACGCUCUCAUUUACAUACUACAUCCAAUUUAGAAAUAGUCGCAGUGAAAUGGGAAUUGGAUGGGAGUUGAUUACGUGGAUGAUUCAAUAGCUGGGUUUCUAUACUAAUGUGAAACUAUGCUUAUUAAUAACCAACCUUUUGCUUAUUCCCUGCUUUAUCAGGGGUUGUCACAGUGGAAUGAACCACCAAUUACGCUGGCAUCUGUUUUUUUUUUGUUUUCAGCAGGUGCCCUUCCAGCUGCAACCCAGGACUAAGAGUACAACUCUCUCAUUCAUAUAAUACAUCCAAUUUCGCUGGGUGUUUAUUAAGUGGCUGAUUCAACAAUGCUUAUUAAUCAUCCACCUUCAGCUCAUUUCCUGCUUUAUAAGGGGUUGUCACAGUGAAAUGAACCACCAUUUAUUCUGGCAUGUGUUUUUUUUUUCACAGCAGAUGUUUUCCAGCUGCAACCCGGCACUAUGGGUACAACCCUCAGUGCUGGGAAACACCCAUAUACUCUCUCAUUCACACACUACAUCUAAUUUAGAAAUCGUUGAAGUGAAAUGGGAACUGGCACUGAGUACAACCCUCAGUGCUGGGAAACACCCACACGCUCACAUACUAUAUUUAAUUUUUGGAAUCGUAGCAGUGAAAUGGAAAUUCGAUGGGUAUAGGUCAAUCAAUCAAUCAACUUUUAUUUAUUUAGCACUUUACUACAACCAAGGUUGACCAAAGUGUUUUAAACAAGUAAAAGCAAAUUAUACAACAGAAAAGGAGACGAUGCAAAACAAAACAAAAAAUAUCAGUAAAAUCCAACAAACAUUAAAACAUAAGUGUCAGCGCUAUGCAAUAAAAGCCAAUUUAAACAAGUGGGACUUAAGCUUGGCUUUAAAAAGUGGCAGGUCAGUGAUUGUACGAUGC